AUGGCAACGCUCCCCUCACGGCCCGCCCAACGGCGCCGCCAUCUUGCAUCCGGGCCUCUCCCCGCCGGCCCGCCCGCCGCCGUCGUCGUCGUCGCCGCCGUCGCCUCAGAGCCCGGCCCCAAGAUGGCCGACCAAGGCCCUGCCGUUCAGCCCGACCAACCGCCCGGCCCCAAGAUGGCGGGCGCCGGCGCCGCCGCCAUCUUGCAUCCGGGCCUCUCCCCGCCCGCCGCCGUCUUCGCCUCAGAGCCCGGCUCCAAGAUGGCCGCCCAAGGCCCUGUCGUUCGUCGCGGCAGGGAGGAGGCCGUCCGGAGAGGCCCCCCGAUGGGGAACGUGCCGAGCCCCAGCAGCGAGGAGGAGGAGGAGGAGGAGGAGGGGGGGGAGGAAGAGGCCGAGCCGUCGGAGCCGUCGCCCGUCGGGCGGGGGUCGGGCCCCGGUCCGGGCCUGCCGGCGGCCCCGGCGCUGCUGGAGCAGGCCCGGCUGCGGGAGGCGGCGGCGCGGCUGCGGCCGGCGGCGCUGGGGGAGUCGCCCCUGUGGCGGCAUCAGCCGGCCCUGCUGCGCUGGCUGGAGGAGCGGCUGGCCCGCGGAGACCACACCGUCACCCUCGACCAGUUCAGCGAGACCCUGGAGAGCCGCGGCGCCGGCUGCACCCGCGACCAGUGCGAGGAGGCCUUUGCCCAGUUUGACGCCGAGGGGGACGGUGCCGUGGACGUGGAAGGGAUGCUGGAGGCCCUCAAGAGCUCCAGUGGGGCCAACCUCCAAGGGGAGCUGAGCCACGUCAUCAGACAGCUGCAGGCCUGCUCGCUCGUUCCAGGUUUCAUCGACAUAUUUUCCGAGCCGACGGAGCGGCGGGCCGUCCACGCGUCGAUGAUCCUGCGGUUCCUCCACCGGAACCGCAUCUCCAGCACCGCCAUCCCGUAUCCGGUGUUGGAGCACUGCAACAACAUCUGCAGCAUGAGGUCCUCGGUGCUCAGGGAUUCGCUGGACCAGCUGGCUCAGAAAGAGAAGGAAUGUCCUGGGGAUCCACGCGGGAGCCAGGAGUCGGACAAGCUGAAAUCGGUCGCCAAGUGCUACACCUACAUAGAGACCUCCUCCAACUCCGCCGACAUCGACAAGAUGACCAACGGAGAAACGUCGUCCUUCUGGCAGUCGGACGGGAGCGCGCGCUCCCACUGGAUCCGCCUGAAGAUGAAGCCGGACGUGGUUCUGCGGCACUUGUCCAUCGCGGUGGCGGCCACGGACCAGAGCUACAUGCCACAGCAGGUCACGGUAGCCGUGGGCAGGAACAGCGGCAGCCUCCAGGAGGUGCGAGACGUCCACAUCCCCAGCAACGUCACUGGCUACGUCACCCUGCUGGAGAACGCCAACAUCAGCCAGCCGUAUGUGCAGAUUAACAUCAAGCGAUGUCUCAGUGACGGCUGCGACACCAGAAUUCACGGCCUGAGGGCUGUCGGCUUCCAGAGGAUUAAGAAAGUUGGAGUGUCCGUGUCGGACGCCUCUGCCAUCUGGUAUUGGUCCCUGCUGACUUCGCUAGUGACGGCGUCCAUGGAGACGAAUCCAGCCUUUGUUCAGACCAUUUUGCACAACACUCAGAAGGCGUUGCAGCACAUGCCUCCCCUGUCCCUGUCCCCUGGCUCUGCGGACUUCUCCAACUUCCUUUCUCCCAACGUUCUGGAAGAGGUGGACAGCUUUCUCGUCCGCAUAACCAGCUGCUGUGCCACCCCAGAUGUUGAACUGACCCUACUGGCCUUUGCCCUCGCGAGAGGGAGCAUUGCAAAGGUGAUGAGUUCUCUGUGCGCCAUCAGUGCCCACCUGGAUGCCCAGUACAAGGCUUCAUCCCUCAUCUCUUCCAUGGCCACAGUGAGGCAGAACCUGCUGUAUAAAUACGGCAAGCCUCUUCAGCUCACCCUGCAAGCGUGUGACGUCAAGGGAAAGGAAGACAAGUCAGGGCCCGAGAACCUGCUGGUCGAGCCGUGGACCGGGGACGGCUUCCUCACCGAGACAGGGAAAACCAGAGCGAGUGCCAUUUUUUCCACGGGCACGGGCUCUCCGUUCCAGGUCACCCAGAUCAGAAUCAAGGUCCGGAGAGGUGGCAUCGGGGCCCAGUGUGGCCUGGUUUUCGCCUAUAACUGCCCGGCUGAAAGAUUCCACGCAGAGGAGCACUUUAAAAGAUUUGCAAAAUACGACACGUGGAAGCUUCACCAGUUCAGGCAGUUCCUUAAAGAUAGGUCCGGCGGCCUGUCCGACGAACUGGGGGAGGACGAGCCCGUGGGCUGGUUUGAACUGGAGGAAGAGUGGGACGAAGUGGAUGCCAAGAUGCAGCAGUGCCGAAUUGCCAAAUACCUGAUGGUGAAGUUUCUGUGCCCCCGGCAAGAGAACGCCGAGCGGCUAGGGGUACAGGGCCUGAGCCUCUUCGGGUACCUUCGGCCCGAGACGCUGGAGCCGGACCCGGGUGCCAACUGUGCCCACUGCAGACAGGACGGAGAGGGCACUGUCUGCGGGGCGACGCUUCUCCUGAAGACGCUUUAUUUCGUCCAGCAGCUGGCCCGGGACCUGGUGCAGCAGAAAGAGCGGGGCUUAAAAUACAGGUCGUUCCUGGACUUCUCGGGCCUCAGUUGGCAACUCUUCUGGGAAUUCUACAAGGCGUUAAAACAAAACCCCAGGGAAGAAUGCGCCUCUGCCCAGACGAUGCUCCUGCAGCUUCUCCAGAGCUGCUUCUCGGUGCUCACGGGCGACUCCCAGACGACCGGAGCUCGGGCGCAAGGAGCCGCAGCUUCAAGCGAGAAGUCGGACGGAGCCCAGGCCGCCCAGGAGCUCUACAGGCAUCUGUGCGGAGUGGUGGACAGCGUGGGGGACCAGCCGGCGCCGAUGGAAACGCUGAGGCAAGAAAUCUGGAACACCCUCCUUCACGGGGCCGCCCUCUUCUUCCCCGACCGACACGCCCGCCGCAACCAACUCUUCGCCAUGAUGAAGAACAUUACCGAGCAGGAGCACAAGCAGUCGGUGCCCCUCACCUUCAGGUCGCUGUGCACGUACUUUAGUGACCGGGACCCGAGCGGCCUCCUCCUGCUUCCAGAGAAGGGCAGCGAGGCCAAACUGGACGUCGGCCAACUGCUGGAGGUCAUGGACACCUUGCAGCGGGUUGCCGCCCGGGAGAGCGAGAUGCUGCUGCAGUCCGGGGCCUUGCGGGAGAGCGGCUCCGCGCUCUGUUCCUUGUUCUGGUCCGUGCAGGGCAGCCUGCUCUCCUGGUGCUACCUGCAGCUCCAGGCCAGCGACGCCGGAGCCCGGGAGCUCGCCGGCGAUAUCAUCCGCAAGUAUGUGGGUCAGUUCCUAUCCAGCGUGAGAGCGAUUUUGGGGUCACUGCUGUCCCAGCACGGUGGGAAAACAGUGGUAGAGAAACUGUGCAACUCGGUGUUCGCCAUGGCAACCCGUCAGCUGGUCAUCUUCCUGCUGGACUUCUACACAUUGGACAUCCCCCACUGGGCCCUGUUGCAAGAAUUCAGCACCUUAACGGACCUGUUGAAGAAACUGGGCAGCGAGCUGGGCGGGAGCCCACAUAAGGUGGACCUGGAAGCCUGGCAGCAGGAGCAGCCAGUGGUGUUACGGACGUGGACGGUGGAAUCGCCUCACAACUACGAGAACAACUGCCAUGAGGUGUCGGUCUUCGUCAGCCCGGGGGCCACCUACUUCGAGGUGGAGUUCGACGACAAGUGCGAAACGGAAAAGAGGUAUGAUUAUCUGGAGUUCACCGACGCGCGAGGUGGGAAGACCCGCUACGACACCAAAGUUGGGACGGACAAGUGGCCCAAGAAAGUGACCUUUAAGGCUGGCCCCCGGCUGCAGUUUCUCUUUCACUCCGACAGCAGCAACAACGAAUGGGGCUACAAGUUCUCCGUCACCGCGUUCGGCCUGCCCGACGUGGCCGUCUCCUGGGGCCUGGACCUGCAGCUCCUCAUCUGCCGGCUGAUGGGGCGCCUCGGCUCCCGCUGUCUGGCCCUCAAGUCCCCACCAGAGCCCGGCGGCCAUUCUGAGCUGUCCCCGGCCAAAGUGGCGGCCGUCCUCAACUCGCCCCUGUGGACACCGGUCUUCCGUCACCGGCUGGGUCCAGAGGUGGGAGCGGGCCAGCCCCGGCGGAGACUCUCCGAAAGCCAAGAGGCUAAGGACUUUCCUACGGACGCGUGCCGCAACUUUCUCCUUCGCUUCGCAAAAUCAGAUCCUGCCCAGGGCUUCUGUGGGCAAAGUUCUGAGCUUUUCAAAGGACUCACACAGGCAUGUAAAAAACAAGCCCCAAAGACAGAUAUAGUUGCUGGUUCCACUGUUGAUCGAGCUGUGAACUCCACAUUUGCUGCUUUGGUGUAUCUCACUCCAGAUUUGUAUGGGAAGCUACAGAAAUAUGUUAACAGCGGUGGCCAGGUGCCCUUGGACGAAGACUUUACUCAGGUGUAUUCACUAGCCGACGGGAUUAGGUUGUGGAUGCUGGAGAUGAAGCAGAGGUCCCUGUCGAGCCAGGGCCUUGAGGAGGAGGAGAAGCCGGGCGCGGAGGUGGGCGAGGUGAACCCCAAGAGUCUCGCGAAACAGUGCAUUCAGAAGAGCCUGUUGCUACUCAGAUUUGCCCCCCCGGGCCCCAAGAUGGAAGACGCAGCCGACGACACGUCAGAAGUGCCGGAGGAGCAGGGCCGCCCCCCGCCCCCAACCCAGCGUCCGUGGCCCGGCCCCGUGGUCGAAGAGCAUUUCCGAGCCUCGGAGGGCCCCGGGGAGCCGAGCCGGCCGCCGGACCCCACGGCCCAGAAGCCGGGCGGGAACCUCUCGCCCGUCCCGGCGCCUGCCAGCGCCCCGCCAGAGGACGCGCCACCCUCGCCACCCUCCACGCCCACCCGCCGGGCCCAGAUGGGCCGGGGCCGGCUCAGGCUGCUGUCCUUCAGGUCGCUGGAGGAGCCCAAGCCGGCGCCCACGGUGAAGGAGAAGUAUCCCAUCCUCAAGAGCAUUCUGGAUUUUGUGAAGGACCAGUCCCUGUCCCACGAGAGUGUUUUGCAGGUCCUGAGUCUGAGGAGGGCCCAGGCCCUGGGGGUCCGGGACGUGCUGCAGACCGUCCGGCUCUGCCUGGCGCAGCUGGCUCAGCCGCACUGCUUCCACCCACCCUGCGUGCUCUUCCUGCUGGAGCUGCUCGCCUGCCAGAAGGACUUCACCGGCUACUUCGGACACCUGGAAGGCUGUGGUGCCGAGCUGCUCCAAGAAAUCCGGGACUCCUUCUACCAGCUGGUUCUGUUUCUGGUCAACGCGGUCAAGGGCUUCAGCAGCCUGAACGACAGGUCGCUGCUCCCUGCCUUGUCCUGUGUCCAGACGUCCUUGCUUCACCUCCUGGAUAUGGGCUGGGAGCCGGGCGACCUGGAGUUCUUCGUCGCCAUCCGGCUCCCCAGUCUCCUCCUGACCAUGGCCCAGGAGAACAUCAGUGUCCACGACAGCGGGAUCUGCCAGUGGAGCGAGGAAGACGAGAUCGCCGACUACGAGCAGAACCGCGAGUGGAUGGACGGGUGUCAGGACGGGAUGUUCGAGGCCUGGUACGAGAAGAUCUCCCAAGCCGACCCGGAGAAGCAGAGGAGGAUGCACAUGUUCAUCGCCCGCUACUGCAACCUGCUCAAAGUGGACAUUUCCUGCGACGGCUGCGAUGAGAUCGCCCCGUGGCAUCGCUACCGCUGCCUGCAGUGCAACGACAUGGACCUGUGCAAGACGUGCUUCCUAGGUGGAGUGAAGCCUGAGGGCCACGAGGAUGACCACGAGAUGGUGAACAUGGAAUACGCCUGUGACCAAUGCCGGGGGGUCAUCGUAGGCCGCCGGGUCAACUGUACCGUGUGCGACGACUUUGACCUCUGCUAUGGCUGCUAUUCUGCCAAGAGAUAUUCUGACAGCCACCUGCCCAGCCACAACGUGACCGUGCUGCCGAUGGUCACCGUGCGGAUCAGCGACCGGCAGGGACUCAUCCAGCCCUACGUCCACAACUACUCCUGGCUGCUGUUCGCCGCGCUCGCCCUGUACAGCGCCGACUUGGCCGGCCCCCAGGACGGCGCCGGCGAGAGGCUCGACCCGCGGUUGGCCCGCCAGGCCGCCGUGCUGCGGUGCCAGUGCGUUCAGCUCAUCGGUGACUGCCUGCUCAAGGCCCAGCACGGCAAAGGUUUUAAAGCGCUAGCUCUCCUGUGCCCGUUGCCAGAGAAUGAAGGCGUUCCCGGCAGCACCUCCACCGAAAGCAGCUCCGGCACUCCGGGGGAGCCCCCGAAGGAGAAGGCGGCGGCGGCCCAGGCCCCUGGCAGUGGCACAGAUCUGUCCGGCCCUUGGCGGGUAAGUGGCGGAAAAAGGGACGUGGGAGAAGGAGCAGAGCCUUGUUUGGAGAACGGGCUCCUGGAGAGCCCCGGCGCGGGCAGUGGCCCCAGAGACCAGGAGGACCCCACACGGCCUGCUCCAGGGGUGGCGACUCAAAACUCCAGCCCAUCGUCCGACGACAGCGUGUCCUCGGGGCUUCUGGACGUGGAGAGUUCCAGCGAUUCGAGCCCGGGACCAGUGGAGGCGAAGCCCGUCAUCCCGACCCCGGAGCAGGUGUUCGCCGACUGCUCCCAGAAGAGGAUUUUGGGAUUGCUGGCCGCCAUGCUGCCCCCGCUGAAACCGGGCGACACCAUGGCCCCGAUGAACCUGGAGCAGACGCUACCGCUGAUGUUCCAGGUGGUCAUCUCCAAUGCCGGCCACCUGAACGAAGCCUACCACCUGACCCUGGGCCUCCUGGGGCGGCUCAUUGUCCGCCUCCCGCCGGCGGCCGUGGACGCCGCCGUCGCCCAGGUGCUGUCGGCCCAGCAUGGCCUGUUCCCGGCUGGAGUCGGCCCCGCGGUGCCCGCCGGCUGGAAGACCACCCACCUCCUGUUCAGCCUCGGAGCCGUGUGCUUGGACAGUCGCGUGGGCCUGGACUGGGCGUGCACCAUGGCAGACAUCCUCCGAGCCCUGGACGCCGCGCCCCAGUGGCACGACGUGAUUGCCGCGUUCGGCGACCACUGCGUCAAGCAGCUGCCUUUCCAGCUGAAGCACACCAACAUCUUCACCCUGCUGGUCCUCGUCGGCUUUCCCGAGGUGCUGUGCACGGGGACACGCUCAGUCUACCUGGACCACGCCAACGAGCCACACGACGUCAUCGUCCUGAAGCACUUCACCGACAGGAACCGCGCCGUCGUCGUGGACAUCAAAACGCGCAAGAGGAAGACAGUGAAGGACUACCAGCUGGUCCAACAGAGCGGCCGCGAGGGCCACGGCGACCCCGGGGGGCGGGCCCUGUGCCCCCAGCUGGAGCGGCACCUCCAGCACUUGGCAUUCAUCACCACCCACCUCCUGCAGACCGGUCUGGACCCCGGCUUCGCCGAGGCGGUGGAGGCCACGUGGGUCUUGUCUCUCGCUCUCAAGGGGCUGUAUAAAACCCUGCAGAGCCAUGGCUUCGAGGAGAGCCAGGCCGCCUUCAUCCAGUCCGGCCUGCUGAAGCUUUUGGUGAAGAAAUGCAGCAAGGGAACCGGCUUCAGUAAAACGUGGCUGCUGCGGGACUUGGAGAUCCUGGCCAUCACCCUGUACUCCUCCAAGAAGGAGAUGGGCAGCGUGGCCCAGCGCGGCGACCUCGCUCUCGACGAGCGGGACGCGGGCCCCGAGGCGGAGUCGGCCGCCGCCAGCCCCGUCGGCCAUGGCAAGCCGGACCCCCUCGAGGGUCUGGACGAAGCCGCCAAAAUCUGCCUCCUGAUGACUCAGGACGCGCUGAACGCGCCGCUGCAUGUUCUCCGCACCGUGUACGAGCUGCAGAUGAGCAGGACGGAUUCGUCGUUCCCUGAGGCGCGGAAGCGGUUCGACAGCGACGGCAUUCCCACCGAGGAGCAGCUCCGCUCUCUGGCGCAGACGUGGCGGCCCAGCCCGUGCCCGCGCCCCGAGGAGCAGAGUUCCAAAGCGCUGGACACGGACAUGAUCAUCCUGCCGUGUCUGGCCGAACCCGGGCCCUGCGACAAGGCCGCGGCGGAGCUGGCUCCGGCCACCCAGAAGCUGAUCACCAACACCGAGGGAGACCUGCAGCUGGCCUACGCCAAGCAGCGGCGCAGCAAGAGCUCAGCGCUCCUGCACAAGGAGCUGGACUCCAGGUGCAAGCGGCCCGCGCGGCCCUACCUCUACCGCGUCAACGAGGCCACGGCCGUCCUCUACGCCCGCCACGUGCUGGCCUUGCUGCUCGCCGACUGGCCCGACCGCGUGCCGCUCGGCGAGGAGACCCUGGACCUCAGCGGCGCCGCUCACAUGACCUACAUCCUGGACACGCUCAUGCAGCUGGAGGAGAAGCAGCUGUGGGAGAAGAUCCUGCGGAAGGUCCUGCGCAUCUGCGACACGAGUAUGCUGGGAACCAUGGCCCUGACAGCGUGCCAGUUCAUGGAGGAGCCCGGCAUGGCCGUCCAAGUGCGCGAGUCCAAACACCCCUACAACAACAACACCAACUUCGAGGACAAAGUCCACAUUCCCGGGGCGAUCUACCUCUCCAUUAAAUUUGACUCUCAGUGCAACACGGAGGAGGGCUGCGACGAGCUGGCCAUGGCCAGCAGCAGCGACUUCCAGCAGGACCGGCACAACUUCAGCGGCUCACUGCAGAAGUGGACGGACUUCGAGCUUCCAGGAGACACGUUGUACUACAGAUUCACUUCCGACAUAAGCAACACCGAGUGGGGCUACAAAUUCACCGUGACCGCCGGGCACCUGGGGAGAUUUCAGACGGGUUUUGAGAUUCUGAAGCAGAUGCUGUCCGAAGAAAGGGUGACCCCCCACCUCCCGCUGGCCAAAGUCUGGGAGUGGCAAGUGGGCGUGGCCUGCCGCCAAACCGGCCACCAGCGGCUGAAAGCCGUGCACCUCCUGCUCAGGAUCGUGCAGUGCAGCACCGGGAGCGACCUCUGUGACCUCACGCUGUUGAAGCCCCUGUGGCAGCUGUUCACCCAGAUGGAGAACAGCCUGGGCCAGGACGGGACCAGGCCGGGCACCCUCCUUCCGCUCCACCGGGCCCUCACGGAACUCUUCUUCGUCACCGAGAACCGAGUCCAGGAGCUCGGCUCUCUGCAGGAUUACCUGCUUGCCUUAACCACCGACGCUCACCUGCUGCGCUGCACGGCCCAGGCUCUGAGAAACAUUGCUGCUAUCAGCCUCGCUAUUAAUUACCCCAACAAGACCACCAGCUUCUGGACUGGGUAGUGACCGCCCUCCCCCCCGGCUCGCGUCAGCCAGUUCGGUUCGUCCCGGCGCCUAGGAAAAACCUCUAAAUCCGCACACAGAAUGUCUCUCCAACUCCAGUCUCCGGGCCGUUUGCCCCCCCAUCACCCUCCCCCAGACUCCGGGCAGUUGCCCCUCAGUGUCGAACCGCGGGCGGAGCCGCCCCCGCAGGGGAGAAGCCACGCUUGGGAAGGAGACGCCCGGCACGUCCACAAAUCCGCCUCCGGGUCCGAACACCCGCCCCUUCCGUGUCCCGGAAACCGCCACCUCACCGUCUCUGAAUCGGAGAACCUUCCACCUCACGGUCUCGGUGUCCGAGAACUCUCCACCUCCACCGCCUCCGUUUCCAAGGACCUCCCACCUCACCAUCUCCGCGACUGAGAAGCCGCAGCCUCACCGUCUUCGUGUCCAAGAACCCGCCGUCGCACCAUCCCCGUGUCUUAGAAGCCACCGACUCCGUGUCCGAGAAGCGGCCCCCUCGACGCCUUCGUGUCCGAAAGUCCGUCCGUUCCACCGUCUUGCCUUUGAGGGAUACCGGGGACUUGUUGCAGGGCCCAGAGGGUGAAUGGCAGCCGGCCUGCUGUGCCACUUCCCCCCCGGUGGAGGAGCGGGCCUAAGAAGAGGCCGGAUAGAGGUGGGUUUUCACCCCCGUCCAAGGAGCAGCCCUUCCCUCUUGAGGCGAACAACUCCCGCCUCGGAAUGGGGCUGUUUCCGUGGUACCCCUCCUAUGGUUGGGCAGACCCCUUCCCAACCCAGGGUGCCCCACAAGAGGAUUCACCGGAAACUGAGGGCGAACCAGAGGGCCUCACGGCUUGUGCCGGGUUGGCCCUGCUUAACUCCAGACCUGACCCGGUCCGGCUUCCCAGCAACACCAAGUCCACUCCGUCCGGAGCUGGUGGGAAGAUUUCUGGGCUUCCUCCACCUGAUAAUAAAAACCCGAGGGGCCACUGGCCCUAC